AUGGAGCGACGCAAUAGCGACAGCGACGAGCCCGCACGACGGCCUAGCAAUCCCGAUAUCUUCGACGAUGACUACGAAAUUGAUCCGAACGUGGACCCGGACGAGGAAGACUUUAUGCCCUCUGUAUCCGAUGGGUUUCGACCGACAGACACGAACGCGGCGUGGCACAACGACCGGCAGGAUCACGAUCGGAACGAGACACCGCAGCGGCAAACUUCGACGACAAAGCCCAGCGAUAAUAAUCUGCGAAGAAUGGCAACGCGAAAUAGUACGGCUAAAGUACAAGACUCAACCACACCAGACAGUCGGCCGCCACUCAACAGGCGGUCCACUACUCAGUCACCCCUAACACACCGCGACUCCGUGAGCACCACUGCUUCGUUUGCGACAACGAGCAACUCGGAGAACCCCUUCGAGACAGGCCCAAGCCACCCAUAUGGCAUGUAUCCGCAACACACCACGGCGCGACCCUUAAGCAUAGCAACGACCUCGACUGAACGACAGCCACAUCGAUCAAUGUCACUGCAGCGCCCAACACACCCUUACGCCAUGUACUCGCAGAGUGGACUGGCGGAAGAGGAGCCUCUAGAAGAGCCAGCGCUACCGUCAGCGCCGCAGAUACAGACCGCUAAUCACGUGGGGUUCCCCGGCCUGAAUACGGGCUACCACCGGGUACUAGGACCAGAUGGUGAAGAGCAGGAUAUCAUCGGACCAGACGGUCACACUGAACAACUUCCACCGUACUCGAGAUUUCCUGACGAAGGACCGACCAAAGCGUCUAUGGCUGCAGAGGCAAGCGCGUCACGUAUCCUUCCGGCACCUAACCAGGUGGCAGACCCAGAGGAUCCAUUCUCAACGCCAGUCUCUCCCGUAUCGCCCUCGAGCACACACUCUUUCUCGCCUCCUCUCUUGCCUACGGCACCCCUGCUACCUUCUGUUACGCCCGCUCGCCUACCACCACAAAGGCCAGAAACCCAGACAGGAAAUGUGGCGCCGACAAUCUCUACCCAAUCCAACACCAUCCCGGCUGAACCAUCGGAUUCGUCUUCGGCGUCAUUGUUAACGACCGAGAAUAGCUUCUCAGAGAAGGCAGAGCCAACUGAGAACAAAAUUAGCUGGCGCAAGAGGAAGUUAUGGGGCAAGAUCCCAAUGGGAGUCGUCGUAGUCAUCCUUGUCCUGACGCUGAUCGUUGCUGUUGCUCUUGGAGCGGCAAUCGGUGUUGCUGUUGCCAAGAAACACAAUUCUAAUAAGGACCGUCCCAAACCUCAUGAUAAACCGCAAUCUCAAGUCACAGGUCCAAACGGGUCGCUCUUCGAUGCUGUACCCAUCCCAACACCAUCUGGGUUUGCUCCGCUGCCCACCGGGGCAUUUUCACUACCCUUGGGAAUACCACAAGAGAGUAAUCCAGGAUGCUUGUCACAGGCAAAUCAAUACUCAGCAUGGUCAUGCAAGAUGACUUUUGCGCCACUUGUUAUUACUAUUAACAACACCUCAUACACCGACGGCCCCCUACAAUUUGCCUCUAUGAAAGGAGGUUCCGCAGUACCCGAAGGCGCCGUCUUAUAUGGCCUACAAACCCCCCAAUUGGAUCUCAAACCAAUGCAGCUCGUGCUUGACUUGGACUACAAAGCGUACGGACCAGCAUACCAUUUCGCAGCUCAAUACGACAAGAUGGUCAUUUUGAGACCAGAAGAACUUAGCCUCACUACGGGCUCCGCACCCUGGAAGCGGCAAGAUGACAAGGGAUUCCGCCAACGCUUCCAAGUCAAACCUGGCGAUCAGCCUUGGUAUUGCUUUUGGAACCAGACCUACAUCGAAGGCUACAUUUACGCCGAAGACAACUCAACAGCGGCUUCUUUUACAGCUUUCCCUACCCAAUGGAGCAGCAAUUCGCCCAGCCCAACAUCCCUAGACUCUGCAGCUUUUGGAGUAGCAACAGCUACAGCGACGUCAACCAGUGACACAAAAACAAUUCCCAAACAACCUACCCGGGUCGCUGCAACCCCCUCCCCCGUUGUUCGCCGCGACGCCCCUCCAGAUUCAGCAACCUCUCGCAUACCGCCCUAUCCCCGCAUCGUCAAGAUCGAGGAGCGCCGUCUGCCCUAUUCACCACAACCUUACUGUCAGCAAAUGCUUCUACUCGAUAAUGGAAAAAUGACUCUUGCACCGAACAGCAAUGAUAGUCCUACGAGAAUCUGGUUGCAGGAAACAGAUCCGAGCUAUGAGGAGUAUUAUUCUACUCAGCCCACGCAGACGGGUGAUGCGAAGAGAAAGAGCAAAAGGUCAUUGGCGCCGGAGAAGCAGAAAAGAAGGGAUCCCAGUGAUGCCUGCCAUUGUCAGUGGAUGUUCAAGUAG